AUGAGAUCCGGCUGUGGGGGCGCCGGCAGCGUGCGGGAGGUGGAGGUGGUGUCUGGUCUGCCGGCGAAGAGGAGCACGGAGAGGCUUGAUCGCCUUGAUGAAGAUUUCCAUGUUAUGGUGUUCAGUAUUAUUGGUGGCGAUCAUAAACUUGUGAAUUAUCAAUCCACCACCACUAUGUAUGAGGAUGAGACGGAGAAAGGCGGCGGGAGGACGGUGGUGUUUGAAUCGUACGUGGUGGAUAUUCCGGUGGAUAGUUGUGAAGAAGAUACUUGUGCGUUUGCCGAUACGAUAAUAGGGUGUAAUCUCAAAUCUCUAGCCAAAAUCGCAGAGAAAAUGGCAUGCACAUGA